AUGGCUGAUUGUAUCCGAAGUGUGGCAAGGAAGGUGUUAGGAGAAACAAAAGGGAAGCGUAUGAUAGAUAAGGAUGGGUGGUGGUGGAGUGAAAGUAUUAGAGAAGUUUUGAGAGAAAAGAAAAAUGCCUUCAAAGAAUGGCAGAGCGUAGAAGACCAGAAUGAAUCCAUAAAAGAAAGUAAGAGAGGGGUGUAUAAAGAAUGUAAGAAGAGAGCGAAGAAGGAAGUUGCUAUUUGUAGGGCAGAGGCGCACGAUAAAUUAUAUCGGUCCCUUGAAAGCCCCGAAGGUCAAAAACGACUUUUUCAAAUUGCAAGAGCGAGAGAAAGGAAUGGAAGAGAUGUUUCACAUGUAAAAUGUAUAAAAGAUGAUUCUGGAAGGAUUUUGACUGACGAUGAAAGUAUAAAGAAGCGAUGGAAGGAGUAUUUUGAGAAAUUGAUGAAUGAGGAGAAUGAAUGGAAUGGUAUGCUUGAAAACCCACCAGUGAAUAUGGGCUUAGUGAGAGAAAUUAGUGUGGAAGAAGUAAAAAUGGCUGUUAGGGUUAUGAAGAAUGGGAAGGCGGUCGGCCCAGAUGGAAUACCAGUAGAAGUGUGGAAGUUGCUGAGGGCGGAUGGAUGGAAGUGGUUGAGUUUAUUUUUCGGUAAAUUGUUGCAGGAAGAACAAAUACCUGAGGAAUGGUGCAGUAGUAUACUGGUUCCCAUUUUUAAAAACAAAAGAGACGUUCAAAACUGCAGCAGUUACCGGGGAAUAAAGCUCAUGUCACAUACGAUGAAAGUCUGGGAAAGAAUAAUAGAGAGAAGAAUGAGAGAAGAGUGUGAGAUAACACAAAACCAGUUCGGAUUCAUGCCCGGUCGAAGUACGACAGAUGCCAUUUUCGCAUUACGCCAAUUGUGCGAAAAGUACAAGCGCGUGCAUAAAGAUCUGCACAUGGUUUUUGUCGACCUUGAAAAGGCGUACGAUCGGGUUCCCCGUGAGGUCUUGUGGUGGGCGUUGAAGAUGAAAGGUAUGCCUGGGAAGUAUGUGAGGUUGGUCCGUGCUAUGUACAGAGCAUCCCGUACAUGUGUACGAUCUGCCGCGGGAACUACGGGCAGUAUCGAUGUGGCGGUAGGGCUGCACCAAGGGUCGGCACUGAGCCCUUACCUCUUCCUACUGAUUAUGGACGCUUUGACGUCGGACCUGCAGGAUGAGGCACCCUGGUGCAUGCUCUUUGCCGAUGACAUCGUGCUUGUCGGGGAAGAAGGCAUCGAGGUACAGAGCAGACUGACGGGGUGGCAACGGAGGCUGGAAAGUGUUGGCUUGAAGAUCAGCAGAUCCAAAACCUAA